UCGGCCGCCCACUCGCAGAUAGGCUGGAUGAAUGUUAAUUUGUGUGUCAUCUUCAUUGACGACUCAGCACAAUGCUGAGAUCGCGGACGCGCAGUGAGCCGAGCGGAGCUAUGAAAUGAAAUGAAAUGCUCCCAGCCGCGAGGAGGACACAAAUGGACAGCCUGGUUCAGCCGCUCGUCGCCCAGUAUCUCGCCAUGGGAUGUCAGGCAAAAGAAAACAACCGAAAUGAAAAUGUAACAGGAAAAGAAAAGGACAAGGAGGAGCCGCGAGUGACUCCGGGAUGCGGCUCCAGGUCUAGAGUCUCUCCUCCUGGCCGUCCUCAGAGGUUCCACAGGCCUGGCCCGGCCCAGACGACCCAGGGCAAGGCCAUGACGCCCCUGGGACACUUAACCAAGGGGGGCAGCUGGGAGGAGCUCAUCCAGGCCUGCCUGCAGACCUUCGACUCCAAUGGCAGUGUAUGUGGGAGCAGCCACCUGUUGAACAUCACCCUGACCAUGCACCGUCUCCUCAUAUCCUCCAGUGAUCUCCUGGAUAAACUCACCGCUCUAUUUAAAACAGCAGUGGAUAAUGAGCAGCCUGCAGAGUGCCAGAGGAUAUGCUACUUCAUCAGGUACUGGAUCCAGGAGUUCUGGGUGAUGUUCCGGUUGCACCACAGCCUGACGGACAGCCUGGACCAGUUUCGAGAGCUGAUCAGAGACCAGGGGCAGGAGUGCCUCAUUUCUCUCCUAGAGACCAGAUGGAUAAAUGAGCGGGACUGGUCGUGGAAGGCAAGCCAGAAGAUCAAGGCUAAUUACAGUAAAAAGAGGAAAGUCUCUCUUCUGUUUGAUCACCUGGAGCCCAUUGAGUUGGCUGAGCAUCUCACCUAUUUGGAGUUCAAGUCCUUCUGUAGGAUAUCAUUUGUAGACUAUCAGAGCUACAUCCGCAGUUGCUGCAUGAAGGACAUCCCCAUGAUGGAGCGUUCCAUUGCCUUGUGUAACGGCAUCUCCCAGUGGGUGCAGCUGAUGGUGCUGAGCAGACCGACGGCUCAGCUGAGAGCUGAGGUCUUUACUAAGUUUAUCCACGUGGCGCAGAGCCUCCAUCUUAUGCACAACUACAACACAUUGAUGGCAGUGGUGGGAGGCCUUUGUCACAGCUCUAUCUCCAGACUAAAGGACACCAGCUCACAUGUACCCAGCGAGGUCACCAAGGUACUGAAUGAGAUGACAGACCUGCUGUCCUCCUGUAGGAACUAUGACAACUACAGACAGGCUUACAGCAGGUGCACAGGGUUUAAGAUCCCCAUCCUGGGAGUGCACCUCAAGGACCUGAUUUCAGUCAAUGAAGCCAUGUCGGACUACGUGGAGGACAACAAGGUGAAUGUCCAGAAGCUCCAGGCGCUCUACAGCCACAUUAACGAGCUGAUCCAGCUACAGCAGAUCCCACCCAGGCUGGACGCUAACAAGGACCUGGUCCAUCUGUUGACGUUGUCCUUGGACCUUUAUUACACAGAGGAUGAGAUCUACGAGCUGUCUUAUGCCAGGGAACCCAAGAACUGUAAAGCACCUCCAGCCACCCCCUCUAGACCUCCAGUGGUUGUGGACUGGGCUUCAGGAGUGGCUCCGAAACCCGACCCCAGAACCAUCAGCAAACAUGUGCAGAGAAUGGUGGAUUCUGUGUUUAAGAACUACGAUCAUGAUGAGAACGGCUUCAUUUCUCACGAUGAUUUUGAGAAAAUUGCUGCAAGUUUUCCCUUCUCCUUCUGUGUCAUGGACAAAGAGAAAGAGGGCCUCAUCAACAGAGAGGAGAUCACAGCCUAUUUCAUGCGAGCCAGUGUCAUAUGCUCCAAGCUGGGUCUGGGCUUCGUCCACAACUUCCAGGAGGCCACUUACAUGAAGCCGACCUUCUGUGACAACUGCUCAGGAUUUUUGUGGGGUGUCAUCAAACAAGGCUAUAGAUGCAAAGACUGUGGGAUGAACUGCCACAAGCUGUGCAAGGACCAGGUGGCAUUUGAGUGCAAGAAGAACACCAAAGGGACCAGUGCCACUGACAGUCCAACACCGAGCUCUACACCCGUCACCACAGGCACCUCAGAGGGUUCAGAGGAUGGCCCUUUCUCUUACCCACCAGAUGAAAACAAAGACUGGAGCCCUGAGUCCCCAGUCGCCUUCCAUGUUAGGCUAGGAAGGCCUCUCAGGGUCCAUAGUGGCACCCAAACAGAAGGACUCCAUCUCCCCUCCUCAGCCCCUGAAUCCAGCCGUGCUCAGCCCUCUCUCCUGGCCCCAGCAGUCACCCCCACCACCCUCACCCCGUGUCCCAGCCCGGUGCCCCAACGCAAACAGAGACACUGUGCCAAAUGGGAAAACAGAGCAUCUAUUGUACAGAAACCCAAGGAACCAGAGGAAGAGAGCAAACCCACCUAUGAAGCUCUGGAACUGGAAAACCAGAAGCUGCAGAAAACCAAUGACACACUACGUAGGAAGCUGAAGGAGACAGAGAGGGAGGUGGAGAUACUAAAGACACUGCUGAAGAGACAUGCCCUCCACACCGUUGAGGAGGACUCCUCCUAGCCUCUAGGGAAGGAUUUGCUGCCCCCAUAUGGCAGCUUGUAUAAACUUACUGGUCAGGAUCACUGCAAACACUUGAUCGGGAUAAUAAGACGCAGGCAACAUGAAUUAUAUUGUAUAAUCAAGCACCAUACAGUGCAUUCAGCCAAUUAGGAUAUUUUAAAGCUCUGAGACACAGCAAGUAAUUAAAGUAAGGUCUACUACAAAAUAACUACAAAAGUAAUUAAGUAAAAAGUUUUGAAAACAGUGACAGUGUAAUUAUUGCCAUCUUGCUGUGUCUUGUAGCUCAAAAAAACAAUGAAAACAGUCUUCAACUUAAACAUUACUGACCCUAUUUAGUUUGCAGGUGGACUAGAGUUUCUCGGGGUUAACAUUACUUAGUUGUGAAUAUAAUGAAUGAACUACAUUGGCUAUCGUUGUUGAGAGUGAAAGAGAUAGCAAACUGCACUUGAUCAGUUCUUGAUCAGUCAAUGUACAAAUACAUAUAUAAAUUAUAUGAUGGAAGUUAAAACACAGUGGAAGUCAGCGGCUACAAUAAUGAAGUUUGCUCAAAAUAAUUUUGUUAGUAUGAGAGGCAGUUAUGAGGUAUGUGAAAGUUAAUGUCAGAGUAAAAAAUAUUCUUGUUUCUUAUUUCUUUCUGGUAUUAUUAUAGUUGUAAUCAUUAUUAUUAUUAGUAGUAAUGUUAUUAACACAAGGGAUUGACAGUAGCUCACUGGUUAGCACACCAGAAAGAAAGAUGUACAUUGAGAUAAGCCUUAGGUGUACAGAACUGUCAUUGCUCUAUAUCACAUCAUUUGUAUCAAUGUACAAGAAGUUUUCAGUGCCUCACUUAAUAUUUAUUGUCUAAAACACUACACAGUCUGUCUUAUAAAAAAAAUCUGAAUGUUUUAUAUGCAGGUACUCUCAUUGACUUAUUUAUGCUUGUGUGUUUUUGCAUUAUGAUGUUACUUUUUUCAUCGUGCUGCCAUGUUACUUCUGUUAUUGUGUUAUCCAUGGUAGCAGUAUCGUACUGUGUAUGACAAUUGGGAAUUCUGUGGGAUUUUCACCAUUACAAGUGUUUUUAAUAUACUGUAAUUACAGUAUAUCCAGAGUGCCGCUAUAUGGCAGUGCCAUCAUAGUUCCUUCAAGGUUCAUCUUCUUUCAGUAUUGUUUUUAUUUUUUGUUAUGAUAAAAAUAUCCCAGUAAAAAAUAUCUAUCUAUCUAUCUAUCUAUCUAUAUAUGUUUAUAUAUUUGCCUGUGUUACCCUAUAUGACCACUAGGGGUCACUAAACACUCAUAAUAGUCCUCUCUGGUAUUUCUGCAGACACUUGCUGUUUUUAUAAUGUGUCUGUGAUUUCAGCUGUGUGCUGCUGAUUUUUAUGUUUUCACAUUCCUGUUCUGUUGUGUAUGUGAGAGGGCCUUCCACUCUAAUUAGAUGUCACUGUGGUUAACAUUAAAGCCAGAUACUUCUGUCUAAUUAGGGGAUUUGAGAAACAUCACAAACAGA